CGGAGAAGAUGGCGUCGCAAGUACAGAGAGGAGUGCCUCUAAGUGCGCUCUGUCCCAAGUUCCUCCACACAAACUCCACCAGCCACACCUGGCCCUUCAGCGCGAUCGCUGAAUUAAUAGAUAAUGCCUAUGAUCCAGAUGUCAAUGCCAAGCAGUUCUGGAUUGAUAAGACCCAGUUUAAAGGCCAAGACUGCCUCAUCUUCAUGGACAAUGGAAAUGGGCUGGACUAUGAAAAGAUGCACAAGAUGCUCAGCUUCGGUUACAGUGACAAGACAGUCAUAAACGGCCAGCACCCGAUUGGUCUCUACGGUAACGGUUUCAAGUCGGGGUCCAUGCGCCUGGGACGAGACGCCAUCGUGUUCUCCAAGUCUCUAGAUGGAGACACCAUGCAUGUAGGCAUGCUCUCACAGAGCUACCUGGCACAGAUCAAAGCAGAGCAGAUCAUCGUACCCAUUGUCUCCUUCCAACGCGUUGCACACAACCAGUUCCGUGUGAAUGAGAAGCACAAGGCCAGUCUGCAGGACAUCCUGUAUUACUCUCUCUUUAAGACGGAGAACGAGCUGCUCACAGAGCUCAAAGCCAUCAACUCCACCUGCUCCAUGGGCUCUUCAGGAACACGCAUCAUCAUCUGGAGCCUGCGCAGGACAUUAACAGGACAGACAGAAUUUGAUUUCACAACAUCCAGUUACGACAUCAGAAUCCCAUUGGAUGUGUUGGAGAGCACCAGUGAGCAAUACAGGCGGUCGGAGCUGCUCACAAAACCAGAGAGUUACUACUCGCUACGUGCAUACUGCAGUAUUCUGUACCUGAAGCCGCGUAUGCAGAUCGUCAUUCGAGGGCAGAAAGUGAAGACUGAGCUCAUCUCCAAGAGCCUGGCAUACAUCGCUAAGGACUAUUACAAGCCCAACUUUGUGAACAGACGUAUUCCCAUCACCUUUGGGUACAACACCAAGAGCAAAGACCAAUAUGGCAUCAUGAUGUACCACAAGAACCGCCUCAUAAAACCUUAUGAGCGAGUGGGUGUUCAACUCAAGGCCAACAUCCAAGGUCUCGGGGUCAUUGGGGUUAUCGAGUGUAACUUUCUGGAGCCCACCCACAACAAGCAAGAUUUUGACAAUACCGACAAAUACAGGAAAACCAUCAACAACUUAGGGGUUAAGCUGGAGGACUACUGGAAAGAGAUCCGCUUUAAAAGAGACAAAGAAGAUCCUAACAGCACCGUACCAGUGGAAGACACCAUGAAGCGCCCAGACCAGAACUGGGUGCAAUGUGACACCUGCCUGCGCUGGAGGAAGCUGCCAGAUGGGAUUGAUUGCAGACUGCUCCCAGAGAAGUGGUUCUGCCACAUGAACCCCGACCCCCAAUUCAGGAGCUGCAUGGUAGAGGAAGAGCCUGAAGACUCCGAUGAUGACCAACCUUCAUACCAGAAAACCUACAAGCAACAUGAAAGGAACACCAAAAUGCAGCAGGAGUGGAAACGACAACAGUAUGAAGAUGAGCAGAAGAAGGCAGAGCGGAUGCGGAUCGCAGCGCUGGCUCGGCAGAACGAGGCUCUGAGGCGCCAACAGGAGGACCUGAAACUGCAGCUUAUAAAGACAUCAAGCUUCAGGACAGCUGUACAGAUGUCUCCAGCUUCUGCUCCCCCCACAGUCAGAGUUAAUGUGAAGGCACCACUGAGCACUAGGGCUACCACAGCAUCACCACUCAGUGCUAGGCCCAGAUCAUCUCCUCUCAGGAUCUCUCCCCUCACACAAUCAGGGACCAGCCCUUCCUCCAACCACAUGCCCAUCAUCUCUAGCGUUUGCUCUCUUUCAACCCCUCCAGCCCCUUCAACACCUUCAAGAAUGAAGAGAACAUUGGCCAUGACCUCUGAAAGGGACACCAAAAGACCCAGGGUGAACGGUUUCCACCAAAACACCUCUAUGGGAUCCGCAUCAACGGCAGCAGAGACGAAUGUGUCAUCCCCAUCAGUCAUCAUCCCUAUUGACGAUGACGAUGAUGAGAUCACAGAUGACGAUGACAUUGUUAUCUUGGAGACCAACAGCACCCCUAUUCCAAAGAAGGCAACCUUUGACAUGGCCAAGGUAAAGUCAGAGAGUAGGGCUGUGGAAACACCUUCUGGCACUGGCAACAUUAGGACCAAUGGCAUAGGAACAAGCUCCGUGGAGACGGGAACCGCAGCGACCAACCUCUCCCCUCUACCACCUUCCUCAGAGCAGAUGAGCAUCACCACCCAGACAGACAUACGGGGCGAAGUGAAGGAUGAAGAGGAGGAGCGAAAGAAAAAGGAGGAAGUAGAAAAGGAGAAGGAGAGAAUAGAGAACCGGACAAAAGUGAAGAACAAAGAAGAGGAUGACAAGAAGAGGGAGAAGGAGGAAAGAGAUAGGAAGAGAACAGAACCAGGCCCAUCCUCUGCAGGCCCAUCCUCUGCAGGCCCAUCCUCUGCAGGCCCAUCCUCUGCAGGCCCCUCCACACCAGGCCCCUCCACACCAGGCCCAUCCUCUGCAGGCCCAUCCUCUGCAGGCCCAUCCUCUGCAGCCCCAUCCUCUGCAGCCCCAUCCACACCAGGCCCAUCCACACCAGGCCCAUCCACACCAGGUCCAUCCUCUGCAGGCCCAUUUUCUGCUGGCCCAUCUGUCCCAGACCCAUCAGACCUUCCUCGGAUUGACUUCCGUAACCUGUCAGAGGCCCAGGAUCAGCAAGAUCAGCUGCUGGAGCUAAUGCAGGCUGCAGCCCAUGAGAGGGACCAGUUCAAGGAGCAGGUCCACAAGCUGACCUGCCAGCUCCAUGACCUGGAGGGCAGCAUGCAGGAGCAUUCCCGGGCCGCUGUGAAGAGAGAGCAAUGCCACCUGGCCUGUCAGACUGGAGCAGGGGAUGGAGAACGAGAGCAGGCAGAGGGGAGUAAGGUCAGUGACCAGCUGGCUGUACAGGUAGACACUCUGCUCCAGGACCUCAGCAAUGCCAACUGUGAACGUGACAUGCUACGCUCCCAGGUGGAGGCUAUGAAAGAGGAGAGGGGCAACCUCUGGUCCCAGUGUGAGACGCUGCAGCUGGACGUGGUGGAGCUGAGGAGGGAGAAACAAGAGUGGGAGAGAGAGAAAGAGGAGAAAGAGAAAGAGGAGAGAGAGAAACAGGAGAGAGAAGCAGCUCAGGCUGCAGCUGCCCAGACAGAGAGGGGAGACGUAGCAGCCACUAGUGCUGCUAAUGGCUCGACCUCGGAGGCACCCCAGACAUUGAGGGAGCUUCGGAGGAGCAUUGGUCGUCUCCUUGUCACGUUUGUCCCGGCAUUGGACCUCGAACAAGUCAACUACGACUGUCCAGUCAUCGACGAGAUCCUCGAUCAGGUUCUUACUGAUGUGGAGACGUUGGGGCCUGCGUAAGGGCCUGGGGCGGGAUAUGGAUGGAGGGGUUGUCCUCCAUCUAACUCUGUGAGGAGAGGCAGACCUGGAGAUGGUCACAGAGACUUCCUGCCUCUCCUUUUACCUCGGCGUUUUUACACUUUUUAAAUGUAUUUUCUAUGGAUUUUUUACAAGUGAAAGAGGGAAUGAACUGAAAAGUAUUUAUUUGUAUUGCUGUACAAACACUUUUAUAUUGUUCCAUGACCAUGGUGGUACUUAAUGAUGCAACAAACAGUAAGCUAUUUUGCACUGAAACUUUGGGGUUACUGAGUUCAACCUCUCCUUCUCACAAACACUUACUACUCCAAUGUGGAUGGAGGCUCUAGAAUCUUGUCAGUGUUCCGGGAAGAUGUUUUUCUCUUCGAUAACAGGUGACCACAGUGAACUUUCCUGGAAUGAUGUCAGGAACAGAGGAGUUUUCACUUGAUGAGUUAAGGGACGUAGUCUCCGCCAUGAUCUGCUCUGUGGCUUGGUAGAAGGACCCCCUUCUCUUCCAAAACAGAUCUAGCCAUCAGUUCUACAUCGUUCCCAGAUCAAGACAGAUUAAGUUCAGUAUUCAAUGUUGCAUUCACUCUUAUGUGCUCAUGUUCAUUUAUAUGCUAAGAAAUAAUGAAGACUUUUUCACCCAAAUCUUGAGUUAACAUAUAUUUUUAUUUUGUGUUGUAUGUUUUAUAACUAGGAGUACGAUAUCCAUAACCUCUCCCCUCACUCUUGUCACGCGUUUGUCUUAUCAGAGUACUAUCAAUCCCUCUCUGUUCUUUUGAGCUGAGACUGAUGUUUCUCUUGAAAUAACAGGGUUUUUGCACUCCAGAGGAUUUCAAACUUAUUCCUACCUCUGGGACACUAACAAAAUUAUUAAGUAAAAGUUAAGUUCCGUAUGCGGGCGGAGAUUGUAAUGCAAGAGAUGGGGGAUGAGUCCAGAGAGGUGCAGUGCAUUCAGACCCCUUGACUUUUUCCACAUUUUGUUACGUUACAGCCUUAUUCUAAAAUUGAUCAAAUAGUUUCCCCCCCCUCAUCGAUCU